UCCUACUGUGGACUGUGUCAUCCUUGUGCAGCGGUGUCGGUUCGGUGCUCGGUCGUGUCGUGGUUCCAGCGUGCAAAUUCCCGCGCAGCCCCGGUGCAUGCACCAAGUGCAUUCUACAUUUAGAACCCAUUUUCUAGUUGUGAUACGUAAUCGUUUCGUUCCGUGUGUGAGCCAAGGCGCUGGUGAUCAUCAUGAAGCUUAUCCUGCUGGCAUCGUUCGUGGCGGCCUGUUCGUGCGCCCGGUUGGACAACAACUAUCUGCCACCGCCGGGUGCUGCGGCGGCCGGUGGUGGUCCCGGACUGACGGCACCUUCACCAUCUGGUGGUGGUGGUGGUGGUGGUGGCUUUGGCAGUAAACCGGCCGGCGGUGGUGGGCCUGCUCCCGGUGCUGGUUUCGGUGGUGGACCAGCUGCACCAGGUGGUUUCGGUGGAGCGGGUGCAGGAGGUCGUCCAGGUGGUGCUCCAGCGGCUGGUGGCCGCCCGAGUGCUCCGUCACCUUCCUAUGGUCCACCGUCGAGUGGAUUCGGUGGAGGAGCUCCUUCUGCCUUUGGUGGUGGUGCACCAUCCGGUGGAUUCGGUGGCGGUGCUCCUUCCGGUGGAUUCGGUGGUGGAGCCUCGGCACCAGCACCUUCCGGACCGAGCCAGCCUCCGAUAGAGAUCAUCUCGUACGAGAACAUGAACAACGGCGAUGGAAGCUACAAAUACAGCUACGAAACGGCCAACGGUAUCAAGGUGGAGGAGCAGGGUGAAGUGAAGAACAAAGGCUCGGAGAACGAGAUCCAGAGUGUGCAGGGAUCGUACUCGUACACCGCUCCGGACGGCCAGGUCAUCACGGUGACGUACAUUGCGGACGAAAAUGGUUUCCAGCCACAGGGUGACCAUUUGCCGACGCCACCACCAAUUCCGGAGGAGAUUCGUAAGGCGCUGGAAGCUACGGCCGCGGCACAGGCCGCUGGUGGUGCUGCCGGUCCUGCCGGGGGUUAUCCAGGUGCGGGACAACCGAGCGGAGGUUAUCCCGGAUCGGUAACGGGAUCCGGUAGCUAUCCAUCGGGUGCUGGUGGUGGUGCUCCAGGGGCUGGCGGUGCUGGUGGUCGUCCGUCUGGUGCCGGUGGCGCGGGAGGAUAUCCAAGUGGACCGGCUGGUGGAUCCGGGUAUCCAUCCGGUGGACCGGCUGCUCCGGGAGGUGGAGCCGGUGCCGGUUAUCCGUCCGGUGGUCCUGGCUCGCCCGCUGGUUCCCGUCCUUCCGCACCUGGCAGACCGUCCGGAAAUGGUUCCUUUAACCCACAGUCCGGCUACCAGUAUUAGGCAGGCGAGGCGACCUGCCUUUCCAUUUAGGUAAUGAUCAUUCGCAUUUCACCAACAACACACCAACACUCUGCGUGCGCAUAUCGGUAACGGAAGACCGCGAAAAUCAGAACAAAAAAAUAGGUCGAAAGAAUAAUGAGUGGAGAGAGGUAGCAGAAGAAGAAGAAGAGGUGCAUCAUCGA